AUGGGGUUUAUUGUCAUUGAAUUCCUUGCCCAGAAAGGCUUCGUCCACCGAGACUUGGCAGCUAGAAAUAUUCUAGUCGGUAGGGACAAGACGGUGAAGGUUGGUGACUUCGGUCUCACCCGCUUUGUCUAUAACGAUGCAGUAUACGUCAACAGAAAGGGGGGACGACUCCCACUCAAGUGGAUGUCCAUUGAGGCUAUCUGUGAGCUGACCUUUUCCUCGGCUAGUGAUGUCUGGUCUUUUGGCGUGGUUCUGUUCGAGGUGGUGACCUUGGGAGGCACGCCUUACCCCACUGUGGACAUGCAUGACCUGCUCCGCCUCCUAAGACAGGGAUACAGGAUGGAAAAGCCGCCGAAUUGCUCAUGGAAACUAUACAACAUUAUGUUGAGUUGCUGGAAUGAGCUUCCGAAAGCGAGACCGAGCUUCACAGACCUCAAGUCCACAUUAGAUGGCAUGCUGGAAAACGAGUGUGGGGUAGACUACCUGAGUAUGGACAUUGACAAUAGUCAGUGUUACUACACCGUAACCUGUACCUAUGGACAGGACGAAUCAGCGUUACGUUACGAACAUGUCGACACGGUCGACGGAGACACAGAUGAGGCACACGGCGUAAAGGAUUUACAAUGUGAACAUGUUAUAAAUCAAAAUACCCCGAAAACAUUGCAUAACGCUAAAGAAAUAAAUGACAAUGAUAGCUCAGAGGAGGAAACAAGAGAUCAUGAAAUAGUUGUUCAUAAAGUUCAAAUAGAGCACAAGCCACGUUACCUAGAGCACCAUGAUUCUUGUCUGUGUUCGUCCUUAGCGCCAGUACAAUGCGUGGACAGAAACCCGUUGAGGGAACACAGGGACUCGGGUUUUGAUACAAGUAGCUAUUCCGGUUCGUCACCAAACGGUAGCCCAAGGACAUUGUCUUCUAGGGGAAGCCACAAGGAAUCGAUUGGUAUGGAGGACGAAGUCUUCAUCCAGGAUUUUGGUACAUUUAGUGACAUUGAACGCAAUUCCGUUUCUUUGAAAAAACGGAAAUUUACUGACGAACGGUUGACAAGCAGUUGUCCAAUAUGCAAAACAUGUCUUUUACCUUUGAAUGAAGAGUUUCAUUUCUGCGAAAACUACACGAAUUCUGAUUCCAGUGGAUGUUCUCACCAUGGGGUACUAAGUUGUGAUAAUUUCAUUUUGAAGUCUAGACUUGAUGAGACGGAGCAUACUGAAUGGUAUGACACUGAUGCGUCCGUUUGUUAUUCCAGUAUGGACACGCUGGUGUCUUUGGAUGGGAACACUCUGAGUACUUAUUUGUGAUCGUUUAAAUUUAGAACAAGGUCGUGGUUCGACGUUUGACUUUGUCAUCUGUCAGUGAAAUAAAAUGGCAUACAACUCGUUGUCGUUUUCAUGUUUCGAAACAAGAAUGCUGAACAUAACUUUAAACUUAUUUUGCGAUCAAAUUGAUGUAUAAUGAUACACAUAGGACAUUUCUACAAUGCAUGCGAUGAAUAUAAUGGCACGCUUGUUCGAUAUAUCGUCCACAGUUAGAACCAAUAAGACAUGCUCUCCAUCAACAAUUAUAAGUCAGCCAUUACUUACAACCAUAAUGUGCUUUUUUAUCGUAUAUUUAUUUGAGGACUCAAAUUGUUUUGUGUCACCCUAACAUUGAAAGCAUCGCACGUGAUUGUCUUCGACUAGGAGGCACCAGCUUCAUUAGUUACCAUACUUUCAGCAUUUCAUAUAAUCUGUUUGAUAAUUGGAAUGAUGAGGUGGAAACUAGGUUUCAGGUAUGAAAAGUCAUUAUUUUUGAAUUACAAUUAAACCACAAAUGAUGUUUCAUCUCCGU